AUGUCAGAUUCAGAGCCAAAUCCAUUGCCCAUCUUUUUCACGGUACUUGCCAUCAUAGGUGGCUUUAUUUCCCUUUACUUUUACAAACAAGCAAAGAAAAAUCGACCAAUCUUGAUCCCCGAUCAGUUUCAGAAGUUUCCUUUAAUUCAGAAGACUAAAGUGUCUCAUAACUCUUCUAUCUAUAGAUUUGGAUUACCAAGGCCAACUGAUAGAUUAGGGUUGCCAAUUGGACAGCAUAUAUCUAUAGGGACUAUCAUUGACGGGAAAGAAGUUGUUAGGUCCUACACUCCCAUCUCAACUGAUGACCAGUUGGGACACUUUGAUUUAUUAAUCAAAACAUACGACAAAGGAAAUAUUUCUAGACACGUCGAGUCCAAGGAAGUAGGUGAUCAUGUCGAAAUCAGAGGCCCAAAAGGGUUUUUCACCUACAAACCUAAUAUGGUAGAAUGUUUUGGUAUGAUUGCAGGGGGAACAGGCAUUGCGCCGAUGUAUCAAAUUAUCAGCUCAGUUUUAAGGAAUCCGGAAGAUAAAACUAAGAUCUAUUUGGUAUAUGCCAAUAUAACUCAUGAUGACAUAUUGUUAAUUAGAGAAUUAGAGGCUCUUGCUGAAAACCAUCCGGACCAAUUUAAGAUUCACUUUGUCUUGAAUAACCCACCAGAAGACUGGAAGGGAAGUGUAGGGUUUGUUACUGAAGAAAUUAUGAACAAACAUUUGCCCAAACCAACUGAGAACACCAAUUUGUUGAUUUGUGGACCUCCACCUAUGGUAAGUGCUAUGAAAAAGGCAGCACAAGCAUUAGGAUAUCCUAAAGCUAAGCCAGUUUCCAAAUUAGGGGAUCAGGUCUUUGUAUUUUAG